UUUAUAAAAAGCACUUAUAGGCUUUUACAGUCCCAUCGCCUCCAUUUUUUCUCUCUUUCUGAUAUCUCUUUUCUCCGACCAGUGACUGAUCACAAAUGGCGCCAAAACUUGCAACGCUAGUGCCAUUGGCCUCCAUUUUAGUGCUCCUGUUGAUUGGAUUCGCAAGCUCCGAUGUCAAUCAAGACAAAGCCGAAUGUGCGAACCAAGUGGUGGCUCUCGCUUCGUGUCUUCCAUACGUUGGUGGUGAUGCCAAAGCACCAACCGCCGACUGUUGCUCCGGCCUCAAACAACUCCUUCAAAAGAGCCAGAAAUGCCUCUGCCUUCUCAUCAAAGAUAAAGAUGAUCCCUCCCUUGGCCUCAAGAUUAAUACCACUCUUGCUGCCACACUCCCUUCUGCCUGCCACUCGCCUGCUAAUGUCUCCGAUUGCAUAUCUUUGUUGCAUUUGGCUCCAAAUUCAGCAGAUGCCAAGAUCUUCCAGGAAUUUGCAAAUAUGACACAAGGAAUCGCUACAGCUCCAGCAGCCAGUGGGAACUCCACUAGUGGAUCAAGUUCAGCUUCAGAAAAAAGAUGGCCAAAAAUAGAGCUGGCUUUUCGGAUUUUAGUAAUUAAUUUCUUUACUUUAUACAUAUAAUUUAUAAUAUAUGAUAGGUAUGAUAUUUUAAUUCGACUUCAAAGAAUGUUAAAUAUUAUGCUUCUUUUUUGGGUUGGCGUAUUUUAUUUUUAUUAUAAAUAUGUAGUGCUUUGUGGCAUGUAUUUCAUCUUA